AUGGAUAAAGUUUUAAAGCCUGAGAAACUAGACACAGAUCCUGAUACACGUGACGCGGAAUGCGAAUGGCUGCAUUGGCAAAAGACAUUCGAAAAUUUCUUGGAAGCUUUACCCACUGAAGGACUGGAUAAAUUGAGAGUAUUAACAAACUAUGUGUCUCCGAGAACUUAUAGAUAUAUUGGAAAUAUCACAACUUAUAAUGAAGCCAUAGAUACGCUGAAAGGGAUUUUUGUACAGCCAAAGAAUGAAAUAUAUGCACGUCAUAUGUUGGCCACGCGAUCCCAACAAAUUUCUGAGUCGGUUGCUGAAUAUUUAAGAGCAUUGACAGAAUUGAGCAAAGAUUGUAACUUUCAGAACGUAUCUGCUAAAGAAUACCAGAAUGAAUAUAUUCGGGACUCUUUUAUACGUGGCUUGAAUUCCAGUUGGAUACGCCAACGACUGCUGGAGAAUAAGAAAUUGACACUGGACGAAAUGGUUGAUCAAGCCAAAUCAUUGGAAACUGCCGUUCGAAAUUCACAAUCUUAUGCUAUAAACGAAAACGCUUCCGUCGGAGCAACACCUUCAACGAUACAAUCUAACAAUUUCGAUGUUGGAUCGGUGCCAGAUAAUGCAGCGAUGACUAUUAGAAGUAAAUGCUUUUUCUGUAGUAAUAGUAGACACCCACGAUCGAAAUGCCCAGCUCGCGAAGUAGUCUGUUUCAAGUGUCAAAAGAAAGGACAUUUUGCAAAGGUCUGUCGCGGAAGAACUAUUUCGAACAAUGACUCCAGCAGUCGCAUUGACAUUUCAGCAAUGAUACCACAUUCAACAUUAGCUACUAUUCAUGACAAAUCUUAUACUCAUGUUGGAUACGUUCCGUCUACAUUACGACAAGCCACAGCCUUGGUAGAAGUCGGUCAACGAAAAGUACGAGCUUUGUUCGACAGUGGUAGUACGGAAAAUUAUAUUCACCCAAGGCUGGUAAAAUCUCUUAGGCUCAACGUUCGUCCGACAAAGAAUGUCAUUUCCAUGGCAUCGUCUAAAUGUUCAGUAGAAGUUCUUGGAUGUACUGAAAUGGAUUUAUACUAUAAUAAUCAUAAAUAUUGCGGAGUUAAGUUUGGUGUAAUCGACAGCUUAUGCGCUGAUAUGAUCCUCGGACUCAAUUUCCAAACCCUGCAUAAAAGUGUAAGAUUUCACUACGGUGGUAAAAAACCUGAAUUAUCAAUUUGUGGUUUCUCGUCAUUGAAAAUAACCCCACCUGAACCAUUCAAACAUUUAACUGCGGACUGUCAUCCAAUCGCCACUAAAUCGAGAAGAUAUUCACACGAAGAUAGAUUAUUCAUUCGAGACGAAGUAGCAAGACUUCAGCGAGAAGGAAUUAUCGAAACAUGCCUUUCGCCAUGGAGAGCUCAAGUCGUUGUGGUUAAAGCAAAAAAUCGAAAGAAACGUUUGGCAAUUGAUUACUCGCAAACUAUUAACAAGUUCACUUUAUUGGACGCUUUCCCAUUGCCAAACAUUUCAGAGUUAGUGAAUGAAAUCGCACAAUAUCGAGUUUUUAGUACUGUUGAUCUCACUAGCGCUUAUCAUCAAGUUCCACUGAAACACCAAGACAGAGAGUUUACCGCGUUUGAAGCCGAAGGAAAUUUAUACCAAUUCACAAGGCUGCCUUUCGGAAUCACAAACGGGGUCUCUUGUUUUCAGAGGAUAAUGAAGCAGCUCGUGAAAGAAGAACAACUGCGAGGAGUUUUUCCAUAUUUGGAUAACAUAACUAUUUGUGGAAUGACUAAAGAGGAUCACGACAAAAACCUGGCUGCUUUCCUGGAAUCUGCAAAACAACGAGGAUUGAUUUUUAAUGAAUCAAAAAGUAUAUGGACUACUCGAACAUUGCCGAUUUUAGGAUAUCAAAUUGCUGAAGGUGAAAUUCGUCCAGAUCCCGAAAGAUUAAAACCUUUACGCCAACUUCCAAUACCAUCAAAUUCUAAAGAAUUGAGCAGAUGCAUGGGAUUCUUUUCAUACUAUUCUAGAUGGAUUCCAAACUUCUCAAAUAGAAUCAGAUCAUUAACAAAAUCGACCUCUUUUCCUCUUACUGACACUGCUAUUGGAGCUUUUUAUGAACUAAAACAGUUAAUAGAAAAUGCUGUUCUCAUUGCCGUUGAUGAAAAUAUUCCAUUUGAAUUGGAAACUGAUGCUUCAGAUAUUGCUAUAGCAGCGACACUAAAUCAAUCUGGUCGUCCCGUGGCAUUUUUUUCACGUACAUUACACGGCUCUGAACUUAAACACCCUUCGGUCGAAAAAGAAGCUAUGGCCAUAGUUGAAGCAGUACGACAUUGGCGCCACUUUUUAACAGGAAGACGUUUCAUCAUGAAAACAGAUCAGAAAAGUGUCUCUUACAUGUUUGAUUUGCGCCACAAAGGUAAAAUCAAAAAUGAAAAAAUAACAAGAUGGAGAAUUGAGCUAUCCGGUUACUCUUUCGAUAUCGCAUACAAACCAGGCAAAGACAAUGUUGCACCAGACACUCUAUCGAGGAUUUCAUGCGCUCUUCCUUCUACUAAUAUCCUCACUAAAUUACAUGAUGCUUUAUGCCAUCCAGGUAUAUCUAGAUUCGCUCAUUUUGUUAAGGUCCGUAAUUUACCUUAUUCGACUGAAGACGUUAAGCGAACUGUCUUGAAUUGCCGUGUAUGCAGAGAGAUAAAACCUAAAUACUAUCGGCCUGAAGCAGGAACUCUUGUAAAAGCGACUCAGCCCUUUGAACGUUUAAGUAUUGACUUCAAGGGACCUCUUCCGUCGAACAAUCGCAACAAAUAUUUUCUCUGCGUAAUUGACGAGUUUUCACGAUUUCCCUUUGCUAUUCCAACACCUGAUGUUUCGGCCGCCAGUGUCAUAAAAAGUCUAACUCCAUUGUUCGCUGUAUUUGGAAUGCCUGCUUACAUACAUACUGAUCGUGGUUCGGCUUUCAUGAGUUGUGAGUUUAAAAGAUUUUUGCAAGAAAAGGGUGUGUCUCACAGUAGAACAACUCCUUACAAUCCUUCGGCGAAUGGUCAAGUAGAAAGGUGCAAUGGUACAAUUUGGAAAGGAAUAAAACUUGCUUUAAUGUCAAAAGGUUUGCCAAUUGAAUGUUGGCAAGACGUUCUAUUAGAUGUUUUGCAUUCCAUCAGAUCACUAUUGUGUACUGCAACAAAUGCAACACCACAUGAACGGUUGUUCAAUUUUGCAAGAAGAUCUACCACAGGAUAUGCCGUUCCAACGUGGCUGACAAAUUCUAAAAUUGUUCUUCUCAAGAGACAGAUUAGAAGAAACAAAUCUGAUCCAUACGUCGAUGAAGUGGAACUUCUAGAUGCGAACAGACAUUACGCUCAUAUUCGGUAUUCAGAUGGUAAAACCUCAACAGUAUCAACAAAGCAUCUUGCACCGUGUGGUGAUAGUACGUCGUUUGGAAGUGAAAAUAAUGGAAGUUCCUCCGAUAAUCAACAUUCUCAAUUACCUGUAAAGCAGGCUGAUACAGCAGAUUCCGACUAUGUACCAAAAAUAUCGCAUCCCGUUAUCAACCAAUCAGAAAUUCAAGAAGGGGAAGAAAAGUCAAAUAUUCCUGGUGAUGAUGAAAAACGCGAAACAUCCCCAAUGAGGAAGAUAGACACCCCGGCUCCUAGGCGUUCUACUAGAGAAAAACGUCCAAUUGAUCGUUUACAUUACUAUGAGUGA